CACCUGCUGAUUUUCUCCAGGUUGGACUGCACCAGAGUCUCAGCCAUCGUUAAGGCGGUCAACUCGGCCUACCAGAUGGCUGCGCAGUGUUGAGAUGUGUCAAAGAAAGGGUCAAAUUCCGGCGUCCAUCGGAAAUCAGGUCAUCUGGAGGAUGAAAAUCCAUGGCAGAAGAAGGCCGACCUGCUGCUCCUCGCACGCCGAGUAAUAAAUUGUAAUAAUCCCGGAGUUGUUGCUCGGGUCUCGGCCAGUUGUCCCUCGGCCUUUGUUUGGGAGGAUGACCACGCUUGUCUUGCAAUCUGGAGGUCCCUCGUGUGCCUGGACUACCAAUGCACCCGGGAGGGAAUGCGUGCAUGUUUGACUGCUGAUGUGUCUCGUCAGCGAGUGAAUCCUUUUGUGGACGAAAUGUGAUUGUUUAUCUCCAGAGACAUCAUUGGUGGAGCGGUCAUCAGCCACCAAGAGGCCGGCGGCUGAGGGGGAUGGGGGGGAGGAGCCAAAGAAAAAGAUUAGUUUUGGCCUCGGCAAACCCCUAGACAAAGGCACUGUGGGAAUGCCUCCAUCCGCAAAGAAACCCCUUGGUGGCAUUUCAAUCAAGCUUGGCCAGUCGCAGCAGAAAAAUGCCACCCAGACUGGAGCAUCUGCAUUGAAGCCAAAGGUUGGAGCAGCAGCAUCUGUUUUCGGCUCAGAAGACGAUGAUGAUGUCGAGGAAGAGAUGCCUCCAGAGGCAAAAAUGAGAAUGAAGAAUAUAGGAAGAGAUACCCCAACAUCUGCAGGGCCAAACAGCUUUGGCAAGACGAGGAUGGGUUUCUGCGAUUCCAAAAAGAUUUAUGAAAAACAGUUAAGAGAUGUCCAGGACAAAGCGAACAAAUUAGAAUAAUCAUGAGAGUCGUUAGGGUUAUAGAAAAUGUCCAAAAUAUGUUAUUGCGGGUAAACUAGAAUCCACAUAGUAGGAAGAGUUUGGAUGCAUUUUGUUGAUUUUGAGGUGGAGGAUGGUUUUUAAGUAUGGAUUUGCAUCAGUGCAUGAAGAGGCUCUCUGUCAAGACCAAUGAUGUGUUUUGUUACAGUGUUUGAUUGGAUGUAAGAGUCUAGACAGUGUAAAAGUCUUUGCUCAUAUAGCUAACCUUAAGGCAUACAUAAUAGGGAUUUGGAAGUUAGUGGAAGAUGGUAUGAUCUGGUGCAACUAACAUAGCAGCACAGUCAACCUAAUAUAUAGGAAAGGUUUGCACAGACAACUUUAGUGGUCAGAUUUGUUGUCAGUUUAUAUAAAAAAAAGCACAUAACCACUGCUGGGUCAUUUAAUCAUAAAUGACUAUGAUUAUAUCAUGGAAAAUGUACACUUUAUCCGUUUGGGGCUAUUCACUGUUUAUUAGUGUGUGUGGCACUGAUGAAAUACUUGGUGUGAGUACUGAAGCUUCCUGCCAUCAUGUACACUUGUCUUGCUUAUUCAAGCCAUGUACAUUUAGCAUUAUAAUCUUGGAUAUUUAGGAAGAGAGGAAAUUAAUUGAAAUUAAUGGGAUUUGUAUGUAUUUAUGAAAAGGAUAUUAACCCAAUGACCCUGUAUGGCAAAAAAGUGUACCAUGUCCUUUCUAAGGAAGUAAAUUAUUAUUCCUG